AUGUUGAACAGAAUUGAUUGUGCGUUAGCGUGUAAGAGUGUAAGGCCAGUGGUGGCUUCAGCUGGGAAUGCAGGUGUACUUACAUUGGUAUCCAUGGCAGAGUUGUCCAUUGGUUCUACUUUGUUUUCAGCUGCGUGUGCCUUGUUGAAGUAUCUUGCUCCGAUCAACAAGGCACACGCCUGUAUCGCUGUUGGCGAUGAUCAGACCUUCACCAAAUCUAGCUGCAUUCCAGAAGGAGUCUCGUGGCACUCGUCCAUGGCUAUCUUCAAGUCCCAUGAACUGCCAGCUCUUUGUGGUAUGCAGCUGAUGAUUCUUUCUAUUUGGUAA